ACUCUGAAAGCUCUUCAGCCAUCACACCUAAAACUAAAUUCAUCUUUGGAUCAUUUCAGAAGAGUGGAUAUAAAGAUGUCUGCCUCAUCACUGCAGUUGGUCUUUUUUUGUUCAAUGCUGUGCCUGUGGACUAGUGUAGAGGGCUGGUCAUACCACUACUCAGAUGAGGUAAUGGAUUGGGAAUCCGCUAGAAAAUGGUGCAGGACAAAUUACACAGACAUGGUGGCAAUCCAGAACCAAGAGGAGAUUGGGCACCUGAAAAGCUCACUGCCGAGGAAAAGUGGCUACUACUGGAUUGGAAUCCGUAAAGUUAAUGACGUCUGGACUUGGGUUGGGACCAACAAGCCACUGACAGCAGAGGCAAGCAACUGGGCAACAAAUGAACCAAAUAAUGGCCAGAAGGGACAACUGUCCGGACAACCCGAGGAUUGUGUUGAGAUGUACAUCAAGAGGGAAACAGACGAAGGAAAAUGGAACGAUGAGAGGUGCACAAAACGCAAGACUGCCUUGUGCUACACAGCUGCCUGUAAAACUGACUCAUGCCUCCAUGGUGAAUGCGUGGAGACCAUCAACAGCCACGUGUGUAAAUGCAAUCCAGGUUUUUAUGGAAAUAGGUGUGAGCAAGUUGUACAAUGUAACAAAGAGGAAGUGAUCAGACCCCAAAAAGGAGGUGUAGAGUGCACUCAUGAUUACGGGAACUUCUCCUAUGACUCUUUGUGCCACUAUUCCUGUGAGGAAGGAUACAAGCUAAGUGUGUCUGAACCUCAAAGAUGUCUUGCAACAGGGAACUGGUCAAUGCAGUCUCCCAAAUGUGAAUUGGUUCAGUGCCAAGACUUGUCUGCUCCUGCAAGAGGAUCAAUGAACUGCUCUGAUCCCCUGGGAAAAUUCAGUUAUCGUUCCAGCUGUGAAUUUACCUGUAAGGAGGGAUACAAGCUGGAUGAGUCUUCCUCCAGGACGGUGAAAUGUGAAUCAUCAGGAAAGUGGAGCGCACCAAAGCCAUCAUGUGUCGCGGUUCAGUGCCCCUCCCUCCAGAAUCCAGACAAUGGUUAUAUUACCUGUGAAGAUGAUGCAAACCUGAGCUUUAGCUACGGAAAGUCCUGCAGCUUCCGAUGUGUCCCUGGCUAUCGCUUGGUGGGACCGAGCACGCUCACAUGCACAGCAGCAGCUGAAUGGAGUGAGCAGGCGCCGCACUGUGAAGCCAUCACUUGCCAGAACCCUGGAACAGGAGAUCACCUGAUCCUACAGUGCAGCAAAUCAUUGCAAUCCAACUCCACCUGCAACUUCAGCUGUGAACCAGGCUAUGAGCUGCAGGGAGAGCAAAGCAUUCAGUGUUUAGAAGAUGGAAAGUGGAGUGAUGCCAAGCCUUCCUGCAAAGCUGUCCAGUGUUCUGCUCUUAAGGAUCCAAGCAAUGGUUUCAUUACUUGUGAAGACAUGAGGUUCAGCUAUUCCAAGUCCUGCAGCUUUAAAUGCGCUCCUGGCUAUCGGCUGGUGGGACCGAGCACGCUGACAUGCACAGCAGCAGCUGAAUGGAGUGAGCAGGCGCCACACUGUGAAGCCAUCACUUGCCAGAACCCUGGAACAGGAGAUCACCUGAUCCUACAGUGCAGCAAAUCAUUGCAAUCCAACUCCACCUGCAACUUCAGCUGUGAACCAGGCUAUAAGCUGCAGGGAGAGCAAAGCAUUCAGUGUUUAGAAGAUGGAAAGUGGAGCGAUGCCAAGCCUUCCUGCAAAGCUAUCCAGUGUUCUGUUCUUAAGGAUCCAGGAAAUGGUUUCAUUACUUGCGAAGACAUGAGGUUCAGCUAUUCCAAGUCCUGCAGCUUUAAAUGCGCUCCUGGCUAUCGGCUGGUGGGACCGAGCACGCUGACAUGCACAGCAGCAGCUGAAUGGAGUGAGCAGGCGCCACACUGUGAAGCCAUCACUUGCCAGAACCCUGGAACAGGAGAUCACCUGAUCCUACAGUGCAGCAAAUUAUUGCAAUCCAACUCCACCUGCAACUUCAGCUGUGAACCAGGCUAUGAGCUGCAGGGAGAGCAAAGCAUUCAGUGUUUAGAAGAUGGAAAGUGGAGCGAUGCCAAGCCUUCCUGCAAAGCUGUCCAGUGUUCUGCUCUUAAGGAUCCAAGCAAUGGUUUCAUUACUUGCGAAGACAUGAGGUUCAGCUAUUCCAAGUCCUGCAGCUUUAAAUGCGCUCCUGGCUAUCGAUUGGUGGGACCGAGCACGCUGACAUGCACAGCAGCAGCUGAAUGGAGUGAGCAGGCGCCGCACUGUGAAGCCAUCACCUGUCAGAAUCCAGUUGAGGGAGCUAACAUGAUUGCAGACUGCAGCAAACCUCUAACUGACCUGCGUCCCAGCUCCACCUGCAGCUUCAGCUGUGAACCAGGCUUUGAGCUGCUGGGGGCAAACACCACUACUUGCAGUCAAGAUGGACAUUGGAGUGAGGCCACACCUACCUGCAGCGCUGUCAGAUGCCUUCUUCUUGAUGCUCCUGAAAACGGACAUGUUAAUUGCUCAGAGAGGCAGCCAGUUUUCAACUCUCAGUGCUCCUUCACAUGCAAUCAGGAUUUCUCAUUAGAUGGACAUGAGAUACUGACCUGUGAUCGCCAUGGCAGCUGGACUGGAAAGAAACCCACUUGUCAAGCUCCUUCAGCUUCUUCCACUGUCGUUGCCAGUGGUAUGGCAGCAGGGGGCACUGCCUUAGCAUCCGGUAUGGCUUUGACCAUGUGGAUUUUGAAAAGAAUGAAGCAGAAAGCCUCUAAGUUUGAGCUGAACAGCAGCUCUGACUUGGAGGAGCCGCUUCAGGUCUACAAAAACAGCGUUGACAGCCUUAUCUAAACCACAGCUAUUCAGAAAUAAUUCUUUAACAACAUGAUUUAAGAAUGGGUGCAACAUGUGUGGAUUUUCUCCCAAUGGGAGUUUAAUAUAGAACAUAUUGUUCUACAGCUCUAUCAGCAUGCUGGAAAUGUGUGAUUUUGAUCUUACUGUGAAUGUUGCAAAAGAUUGUGGGUGGAAUGUAAAUUAUUUAUAUAGUAUGUAUUUAUAGGGUCUCUAUUUCUGAAUAUUAAAUAUAGAAGUGAUUUAACAACAAUUACUCUUAUAGCCCCCAAGUUAAUCUGCAUAUGUGCAUAUAUGGGCAAGUCUUUUUUAUGUGCAAAUAAACCUCAUUAAAUACUACAAAAUGUCAAAAUGUAAUCCUUAUUGUGCUCCGAUCAUCACGUCUUACAUAAUAGGUCAGGUUUGUUUCUAUUUUAAGUAUAAAGUUAAACUACACAAAUGCCUGACCAUGUUUGUUAGGUAAGUCAUCAAUGUGUCUAAAUAAAACUUUUCCCAUGCUGAUUGAUGACAGUCAUCCUGUCCUGUUGACAGGAGCAGAUGAAUUAUACUGAGAUGUUUU